AAAAAUUAUCAGUUUUUCUUAGGAAGCGGGGGAAACUGCAAAGAAAACCUUUGACUGAGAUACACCGCCCCCCCAGCCAUUUUGUUAUUUGGGCCUGAGGAAAAGGGCUUUGUCCAAAUUAACAUCUCUGCAACUCUUCAUAGCUGGAGCCAAACUCCAUACGUGGCUUAGAAGGACUGCAUGCUUUGCCAAGAAAAAGACCUUUCUCUCUUCUCCUACCUGUUUGACCCUAUCAUCCCCCAUUUGAAUCUCCACUAAAUGUGUAUCUCUUACUAAGAUUGUUGACUAUAUUAAUAAAGCAGCGGAAAGAAGAAAUAUGAAUAAGCCUCCCUCAAGGUCCAGCCCAGCACAAAGAGAAAAUUUUGCCUAUGGAGAGAGAGAAGCAAGGCGUGAUCGCUCUCCUAUCCGGGGCAGUCCACGGAGAGAACCAAGAGAUGGCAGAAAUGGCCGAGAUUCCAGGGAUGCACGGGACCUUCGGGCUAGAGAUGUACGGGACGCCAGAGACAGCAGAGAUCCCAGAGACUUCCGAGACCCGAGAGAUUUGCGUGACCUCAGAGACCUGAGGGAUCCUCGGGACGUGCGAGAACCUCGAGAGCCCCUGUAUGAUCGUUACAGGGAUGGUCGGGAGCCGCCCUAUAGGCGGGAGGAGGGCUAUGACCGUUACGUGCGCCCUGAUGACUAUUACCGAAGGAGGGAUGAGCCAUACUAUGACCGUUACCGUGAUCACAUGGACAGACCCCCCAUGAGUACUGAAGAGCGUAUGAAGCGAGAGGAACGGCGUCGGGAGGAGCUGUACCGCCAGUUCUUUGAGGACAUCAAGCGGCGCAUUGAUGCAGAGCGACCUGUGGACUGCUCCGUGAUCGUGGUCAACAAGCAGACCAAGGAGUAUGCAGAGUCAGUGGGGCGGAAGGUGCGAGACCUUGGCAUGAUGGUGGACCUGAUUUUUCUCAACUCGGAGAUGUCUUUGCAGCAGGCUCUGGACGAUGUGAGCCGAGGGGGGUCUCCUUUUGCCAUUGUUAUCACCCAGCAGCACCAAGUUCACCACUCCUGCACAGUCAACAUCAUGUUUGGCACACCCCAAGCUUCUCUUGCCACAGAGCACCGCAACAUGCCUCAGGCUGACGCCAUGGUCCUGGUGGCCAGGAACUAUGAGCGCUACAAAACUGAGGUCCGGGAGAAGGAACGGGAAGAGAUUGCCCGGCAGGCUGCUAAGAUGGCCGAUGAGACCAUUCUGCAGGAGCGAGAGCGCCCCUCGCCUGCUGAGGAGGGAGGCCGAGGAGGCCACCCCCCCGGCAUCCAGUCUCUGCUGAACUUGCUGGCGGAUAACCGUUACUUGACUGCAGAGGAGACGGACAAGAUCAUCAACUACCUGAGGGAGCGCAAGGAGCGGCAGCUGCGAGCCACGGCGGAUUCCCUGCCUGCUUCACUUCCCAGACAAGCCCUUGGGGCAUCUUCUGGGUCCUCGCUGACCACCCCAGCCAACCUGCCAAGCUCCCAAGCCCAUCAGAGUAACCAGCCUCUGCCGCCGCCUGCCUCGGCCUCAGCAGGUUCCAAUCCCCAACAGGAGUUGCAGGCCAAGAUCCUCAGCCUUUUCAACAGUGGGGCGACAGCUUCCACUGCCAACAGCAGCUCUGCUGUGGGGGGUACUCAGAAUGCAAGCUUCAGCUCCCUCUCCGGCUCCCAGGGCCGGGGCAUGCCUCUCAGUUCUGGUGGCAUGCCUCAGUCACAGCAGCGGGCCCAAGUCCAGGGCCCCCAGUUUCCGAGCCACCCAGGCUCAGCUAGGAAUGCUGGCCCAAGAGCCGCAGCUCCACAACCCUCCCAGCAGCUGUAUCAGAACCGGCCACCUGCCCCAAGCAGCGGUGCAGGUCCCCGGGCAGCCCCUUCCUCGGGCAUCAACUUUGACAAUCCCAGUGUGCAGAAGGCCCUGGACACGCUGAUCCAGAGCGGCCCUGCCCUCUCCCAUUUGGUGAGCCAGACGGUGGGCCAGAUUCGGGCCGUGCCUCCAGCCCAGCAGUCCUUGGGCUCCUACCAGCGGCAUUACUGAGGCCUGAACAGGGUGCCUCUUGCCCUGGGUGGUGCAUGUCUCACGCACACACACAAACACACACACACACACCCUGCUAUCCUUCCCUCACCUGGGUGGAGCUCUUCCUUGACUCUGCUCCUCCAUAGCUCCUGGUGCUGGAGCUGCUCAGCCCCCUUCUCCAAGUCCUGCCUCAGCAGUCUGUGGCCUCUUUGCUGUCGGACUGUUGAUCCCAGGCAGGGGUGGGGAGGCGGGCAGGGUCAGGCCUUGCUCAAUACAGCUUUUCAGAUCCAUCCAGGGCUGAGUCUGGGCUGGGAGCCACCUCUGGUGCAAAAUGCCGGGUGUCAUUCCAAGGGCUUCUAUGCCCAGACUUCUCACUGAGAAGCCUUCCCAUAGACUUCAGUUGCCCGCAGGUGAUUUUCAAUGUGGCCACUCUCUGAAAUGGCUGAGUUGCUUUCUGUGUUGGCUUGGACCUGAUAGGUCCUGCAGACAGACAGAGAGACAGACAGACAGACACACACACACACACACACACACACACACCCUACCUUUUGAUUUGAUGUUGUAAAACUGAAAGUUAACUUUGCUUGGAUGUCAGGUGGAGAUUCCUUUGCAGUUCAGGCCACCAGGUUAGAAGCUCUUGUGGGGUUACUGAGUUUAGCCCUAUUCCUAGAGCUGUAGAAGUUUUGUUCCUGAAUGGUUUUGUCAGUUAGAUAACUGUACUGUUAACAAGAGGAUAUAACUUUUUUUUUAAAUAAAAAAUAUUUUAAAAAAUGGUGGUGUGGUUGUUUGCUAGCUUUCCCAGAUGCUGCAGACAGACCUGAGAGAAGGUGCAGUGGUGCUCAGGGACUCGAAGUGA